CCAAUCCCUGCAGCACCUGGGGAUGGGGCACAUGACUCGCAGCAGAUGAUCAAGGCCGUGGGAGAUAACGCCUGCUGGCAGAUGUCUCCAGAGCAAAAGACAAUAGCACUGAAACAGCUGCAGGGCCACAUGUGGAGGGCAGCAUUCAAAGCUGGGUGCAUGAAAGCAGAGUUCUUUGAAGAUAUAGUUCCCUCAGUCAGGAAAUGGAGAUAGGCUGGAAUGUCGGGAGUAGAGGCACAGAAACUAUUACUUGGGCAAUCUGCGGAGGGAGAUAUUCCUGAGCUUGUUGAUGGUCACUUUGAUACCAACACUGGACACAAAGUGGAGGGUAAGAGUUAUCGAAAGAUUGCCAACAGCAUUGGGUACUCUACCAGCAACAUCUUGCUUCUGAAGGAUGUCACCCAAGAGGCCAGUGCUGCUGAGGAGUCAGAUGUGCAUGUGGCUACUGUGGUGAGACCUGGCAACUCGGGGUCAGCAAACAGUGAGAAGACUUUCUGCAGCCUCACGCUGAACUUGCCUUCCUCCAUCUAG